AUGUUUAACUCCCACUUUUGCGACAAAGAUUACAGCAGCCAGGGGAAGGUGUUUUUGGUCUAAGACCUGCACAAGUCAGAUCUCAAAGACAUCCUCCGCCUGAUUGAAAUCUUGCUUGUCCUCCCUAUAUCAGCUGCUGGGUGUGAAAGAAUGGUCCCCUCCCAAAACAGACUCAAGAGUAGCCUUAGGGCCUCCUUAAAGAAAUCACUGGAGGGGUUAAUCCAGAUUUUAGCUCGGGGUCCAAGUCUAGAGGAAUUUAAUCCUGUUCCUUCUUUUGACUGCUGGUUUGCGAGAGACCAGAGCAAAGGUGAAAGGCAGCGUAGGUUAAAUUUUUUAACACACCAGAAAUAG